AUGGCCAUCACGAACGGGAAUCCGUCGGCCAACGGCUCGACUGUCACCAAACACGACCUCCCCUCACAUUUCAUCGGUGGCAACGCCCUCGAAUCAGCACCCCCGAGCGCUGUCAAGGAUUUCGUGGCCGCCCACGAGGGUCACUCGGUCAUCACAUCGGUGCUUAUUGCCAAUAACGGUAUUGCUGCCGUCAAAGAGAUUCGCUCAGUGCGAAAAUGGGCAUACGAGACGUUCGGCAACGAGCGGGCGAUCCAAUUCACCGUGAUGGCCACACCCGAAGAUCUUACUGCCAACGCGGACUAUAUUCGCAUGGCCGAUCAAUACGUCGAGGUUCCUGGUGGAACCAAUAAUAAUAAUUAUGCCAACGUCGAGUUGAUUGUUGAUAUUGCGGAGCGGAUGGAUGUCCACGCCGUGUGGGCUGGAUGGGGUCACGCCUCUGAGAACCCUCGGUUACCCGAAUCUCUUGCUGCAUCGCCUAAGAAGAUCAUCUUCAUUGGACCCCCAGCUUCGGCCAUGCGCUCGCUUGGUGACAAGAUCUCCUCCACCAUUGUUGCACAGCAUGCCGGUGUGCCUUGCAUUCCCUGGUCUGGAACCGGCGUUGACGCCGUGAAGCUUGAUGAACACGGUAUCGUGACAGUCGAGGACGAGGUCUAUAAGAAGGGCUGUACCUUUUCCCCGGAAGAGGGAUUGGCUAAGGCUAAGGAAAUCGGUUUCCCUGUCAUGGUCAAAGCCUCCGAAGGUGGUGGUGGCAAGGGUAUUCGAAAGGUCGAGAACGAGAAAGAGUUCCCCGCUUUGUACAAUGCCGCCGCCAACGAGAUUCCGGGAUCGCCUAUCUUCAUUAUGAAGCUGGCUGGCAAUGCUCGCCAUCUGGAGGUGCAGUUGCUGGCUGAUCAGUACGGCAACAACAUUUCCCUCUUCGGUCGUGAUUGCUCCGUCCAGCGUCGUCACCAGAAGAUUAUCGAGGAGGCUCCUGUGACUAUUGCGAAACAGCCCACCUUCCAGGCCAUGGAGCGCGCUGCCGUGAGCCUCGGUCGGUUGGUCGGAUACGUCUCUGCCGGUACCGUUGAGUACCUUUACUCGCACUCUGACGAUAAGUUCUACUUCCUUGAGCUGAACCCUCGUCUGCAGGUCGAGCAUCCCACCACUGAGAUGGUCUCGGGAGUCAACUUGCCUGCUGCUCAGCUCCAGAUUGCCAUGGGUAUUCCCCUGCACCGCAUUCGUGACAUCCGCCUUCUUUACGGUGUCGACCCCAACGCCUCGGCCGAAAUUGACUUCGAUUUCUCCAAGGAAGAGAGUUUCCAGACCCAGCGCCGGCCUCAGCCCAAGGGCCACACCACUGCUUGCCGUAUCACCUCCGAAGAUCCUGGCGAGGGCUUCAAGCCUUCCAGUGGUACCAUGCACGAGCUGAACUUCCGUAGUUCGUCAAACGUCUGGGGUUACUUCUCUGUCGGUACUGCUGGUGGUAUCCACAGUUUCUCCGACAGUCAGUUCGGUCACAUUUUCGCCUACGGCGAGAACCGAUCUGCUUCGCGCAAGCACAUGGUCGUUGCGUUGAAAGAAUUGAGCAUUCGUGGUGAUUUCCGAACCACUGUUGAGUACCUGAUCAAGCUUCUCGAAACCCCCGCUUUCGAGGAAAACACCAUCACCACUGGAUGGCUCGACCAGCUUAUUUCUAACAAGCUGACUGCUGAGCGUCCCGAUCAGAGCGUCGCCAUCAUUUGUGGUGCCGUCACCAAGGCCCACCUCGCCAGCGAGGCUGGUAUUGAGGAGUACCGCGUCGGUCUAGGAAAGGGUCAGGUUCCGUCCAAGGAGAUCCUGAAGACUGUUUUCCCUGUCGAUUUCAUCUACGAAGGCGAACGUUACAAGUUCACUGCCACUCGUGCCAGCUUGGACAGUUACCACCUCUUCAUCAACGGCUCUAAGUGCUCAGUCGGUGUUCGCGCCCUGGCUGAUGGUGGCUUGCUGGUUCUCCUUAGCGGCCGCAGUCACAACGUUUACUGGAAGGAGGAGGCCGCUGCCACCCGCCUCAGUGUUGACGGGAAGACCUGCCUCUUGGAGCAAGAGAAUGAUCCUACUCAGCUCCGUUCUCCCUCUCCCGGUAAGCUUGUCAAGUUCACCGUUGAGAAUGGCGAGCACAUCCGCGCUGGUCAGUCUUACGCUGAAGUUGAGGUCAUGAAGAUGUACAUGCCCCUCAUCGCAAAGGAGGAUGGUAUUGUGCAGCUCAUCAAGCAGCCUGGCGCCACUCUGGAGGCCGGCGAUAUCCUCGGUAUCCUAGCCCUGGAUGACCCUUCCCGCGUCAAGCAUGCUCAGCCCUUCACUGGUCAACUGCCCGAGCUUGGCUCGCCUACCAUUCUCGGUAACAAGCCCUCCCAGCGCUUCUUCUUGCUUCACAGCAUUCUGGAGAACAUUCUUCGCGGUUUCGACAACCAGGUCAUUAUGGGUACCACCCUGAAGGAUCUGGUUGAGGUGUUGCGCAACCCUGACCUUCCUUACGGAGAGUGGAAUGCGCAGUCAUCGGCGCUGCACUCUCGUAUUCCCCAGAAACUGGAUGCUCAGUUGCAGAACGUGGUCGACCGCGCCAAGGCCCGCAAGGCCGAGUUCCCUGCCAAACAGCUCCAGAAGGCCAUCCUCCGCUUCAUCGAGGAAAAUAUCGGCCCUGCCGAUGCCGAUAUCCUCAGAGCCACCCUUUUGCCCCUGGUUGAAGUCAUCAACAAGUACGUCGAUGGCUUGAAGUCCAACGAGUACAAUGUCUUCAUUGGCUUGCUCCAGCAGUACUACGACGUUGAGAAGCUGUUCUCUACCCACAACUUCCGCGACGAGGAUGUCAUUCUUAAGCUCCGUGAAGAGAACAAGGACGACAUCACUAGCAUUGUCCACACUGUCCUCUCGCACAGCCGCAUCGGUUCCAAGAACAACCUGGUCUUGGCAAUUUUGGACAUGUACCGUCCCAACCAGCCCCUAGUUGAGAAUGUUGGCAAGCACUUCAAGCCCAUUCUCAAGCUGUUGACUGAGCUCGAGUCUCGCUCCUCCGCCAAGGUUACUCUCAAGGCCCGUGAGGUUCUUAUCCAGUGCGCUAUGCCAUCUCUGGAUGAGCGCCUGUCGCAGAUGGAGCACAUUCUGCGGUCUUCUGUUGUCGAGUCUCGCUACGGUGAGACUGGAUGGGACCACCGCGAGCCUUCCUUGGCGGUCCUGAAAGAGGUCGUCGACUCGAAGUACACUGUCUUCGAUGUCCUCCCUCGCUUCUUUGUCCACGCUGACCCCUGGGUUACUCUCGCCUCCCUGGAAGUUUACGUCCGUCGUGCCUACCGUGCGUACACUCUCAAGGGCAUCGAAUACAACGCCUCCAAUGAACAGCCCUUCCUGUCCUGGGACUUCACCCUCGGAAAGCUCGGCCAGCGUGAAUUCGGUGUUCUUAACGUCCAGCCCUCCGCCCCGGGCACUCCGGUUGCGGAGAUCAAUCCCUUCAAGCGGAUCAACUCCAUCGGCGAUAUGUCUCUCUUUGUGAGCGACGCUGCCAGUGACCCCGUCCGCAAGGGUGUUAUCAUCCCCGUGCAGUACUUGGAGGAUGCUGAGGAGAUCCUCUCCAAGGCUCUUGAGGUCUUCCCUCUCGGCGGCAUCAACGCGAAGCGCCCCAGUGAGCAGGGUCUUAUUGCCAAUCUUGAAGGCAAGCGUCGUCCUACCCCUAAGCCGGUCAGCGACAGCGAGCUCACUGGAGUCUGCAACAUUGCCAUUCGCGAUAUUGAGGAUAUGGAGGACUCCGAGCUUGUUGAGCAGAUGAAGCAGCUGCUUGCUGACAACAAGGAUGAACUUCUCGCCCGCCGUAUUCGUCGUGUCACCUUCAUCUGUGGCAAGCAAGGUGUCUAUCCCGGUUACUUCACCUUCCGUGGUCCCCACUACGAGGAGGAUCUGAGUAUCCGUCACAGUGAGCCCGCCCUUGCGUUCCAGCUGGAGCUUGGCCGUCUAUCCAAGUUCAACAUCAAGCCCGUCUUCACCGAGAACCGCAAUAUUCACGUUUAUGAGGCUAUUGGCAAGGGUCCUGAGAACGACAAGGCUAUCGACAAGCGCUAUUUCGUUCGUGCCGUGGUUCGUCCCGGCCGUUUGCGCGACGAUAUCCCCACCGCUGAGUACCUGAUCUCGGAGGCCGAUCGCCUCAUGAACGACAUCUUGGACGCCCUGGAGAUUAUCGGAAACAACAACUCCGAUCUGAACCACAUCUUCAUCAACUUCUCUCCCGUUUUCAACCUCCAGCCCGUUGAUGUUGAGCAAGCCCUGGCUGGUUUCCUCGAUCGCUUUGGCCGCCGUCUGUGGCGUCUCCGUGUCACUGGCGCAGAGAUUCGCAUCCUCUGCACCGACCCUGCUACCGGUAUGCCUUACCCCCUUCGUGUGAUUAUCAGCAACACCUACGGUUUCAUCAUCAACGUUGAGCUGUACAUCGAGCGCAAGUCCGAGAAGGGCGAGUGGAUCUUCCAGAGCAUUGGUGGUACCGCCAAGCUGGGCUCUAUGCAUCUGCGCCCUGUCGCCACCCCCUACCCUACCAAGGAGUGGCUGCAGCCCAAGCGUUACAAGGCUCACCUGAUGGGAACUCAGUACGUGUACGAUUUCCCCGAGCUCUUCCGCCAGGCCUUCCAGAACAGCUGGACCAAGAUUGCCGAGAAGAUUCCUUCUUUGUACGAGAAGCGCCCUCCUGUUGGAGAGUGCAUUGACUACAGCGAGCUGGUCUUGGAUGACACCGACAACCUUGUUGAGGUGUCUCGCGAGCCUGGUACCAACACUCACGGUAUGGUUGGGUGGAUCAUCACUGCCCGUACUCCCGAGUACCCUCGCGGCAGACGUUUCAUCAUUGUCGCCAACGACAUUACCUUCCAGAUUGGUUCCUUCGGUCCCCAGGAAGACAAGUUCUUCCACAAGUGCACUGAGCUUGCCCGCAAAUUGGGUAUUCCCCGUAUCUACUUGUCUGCGAACUCCGGUGCCCGCAUCGGUGUCGCCGACGAGAUCAUUCCCCACUUCUCGGUUGCCUGGAACAACCCAGAGAAGCCCGAGGCCGGCUUCAAGUACCUUUACCUCACCCCCGAGGUUAAGAAGCGCUUUGAUGCCAGCAAGAAGAAGGAGGUCAUCACCGAGCUCAUCAAUGAUGAGGGCGAGGAGCGCCACAAGAUCACCACUGUUAUUGGUGCCAAGGACGGUCUUGGUGUCGAAUGCCUGAAGGGUUCCGGUCUCAUUGCCGGUGCCACCUCCAAGGCUUACGAGGACAUCUUCACCAUCACUCUUGUUACCUGCCGCUCUGUCGGUAUUGGUGCGUACCUUGUGCGUCUCGGUCAGCGUGCCAUCCAGGUUGAGGGCCAGCCCAUCAUCCUCACCGGUGCCCCUGCCAUCAACAAGUUGCUCGGUCGCGAGGUUUACACCUCCAACCUUCAGCUUGGUGGCACCCAGAUCAUGUACAAGAAUGGUGUUUCUCACAUGACUGCCAACGAUGACUUCGAAGGUGUCCAGAAGAUUGUCGAAUGGAUGUCCUUCGUCCCCGACAAGAAGAAUGCUCCUAUCCCUAUUCGCACCUGGUCGGAUACCUGGGACCGUGACGUUGCCUACUUCCCUCCUCCCAAGCAGACCUAUGAUGUUAGAUGGCUCAUCAGCGGCAAGUCGGAUGUCGACGGCUUCCUUCCUGGUCUGUUCGACAAGGACUCAUUCGAGGAGGCCCUCGGUGGCUGGGCUCGUACCGUUGUUGUCGGUCGUGCCCGCCUUGGUGGCAUUCCCAUGGGUGUGAUUGCCGUCGAGACUCGCUCGGUGGAGAAUGUCACCCCUGCUGAUCCCGCCAACCCUGAAUCCAUGGAGAUGAUCUCUACUGAGGCUGGUGGUGUCUGGUACCCCAACUCAGCCUACAAGACCGCCCAGGCUCUGCGUGACUUCAACAAUGGUGAGCAGCUGCCCGUCAUGAUUCUGGCCAACUGGAGAGGAUUCUCCGGUGGCCAGCGUGACAUGUACAACGAAGUCCUCAAGUACGGAUCGUACAUCGUUGACGCUCUCGUCAAGUACGAGCAGCCCAUCUUCGUGUACAUUCCUCCCCACGGCGAGCUCCGCGGUGGAUCUUGGGUCGUCGUUGACCCCACCAUCAACCCCGACCAGAUGGAGAUGUACGCCGACGAAGAGUCCCGCGGUGGUGUCCUCGAGCCCGAGGGUAUGGUGAACAUCAAGUACCGCCGCGACAAGCAGCUGGAUACCAUGGCCCGUCUGGACGCAACCUAUGGCGAGCUCCGCCGUUCCCUGGCCGACACCUCCCUGAGUCAUGACCAGCUCAGCGAAGUCAAGGCGAAGAUGGCCACUCGUGAGGAGCAGCUCCUGCCCGUGUACAUGCAGAUUGCGCUUCAAUUCGCUGACCUGCACGACCGCGCCGGCCGCAUGCAAGCCAAGAACACUAUCCGCCAGCCUCUGCAGUGGGUUAACUCCCGUCGCUUCUUCUAUUGGCGUCUCCGCCGCCGUCUCAGCGAAGAGACCAUCAUCAAGCGCAUGGUUGCCGCCUCGGCAUCCCCAGCCCCCGGUGCCAACACUGUCAGCGAGUCCCCUCGCGCUGCGCACCUGCGCACCCUGCACGCCUGGACUGGUCUUUUGGAUGAGGAGCUCGAGCACAAUGACCACAAGGUUGCUCUUUGGUACGAGGAGAACAAGAAGGUUGUUCAGAGCAAGAUUGAAUCGUUGCGCACUGAUGGCGUUGCGACUGAGGUUGCUCAGCUGCUUAUUGGCAAUAAGGAGGGUGGUCUGCGUGGUGUCCAGCAGGUGCUGUCCAUGUUGCCUGUUGAGGAACGUGAGAAUGUGCUUAAGUACCUUGGCUCUGCUUAG